ACGUUAUCAAGCAAAGAAGAAAUAAUCCCAAUUGUAGAUACUAUUGCAUGUACCUUUUUAAAAAGCCAAAUUACAAUUAUUUGUUAAUACUCUUAACAAACUUUAAUUACUAUUUACUGAUAUUGAGACAGUUUUAGCACAUCUUUUUAUAUAUUCAAGUUUUAGAAGAUCUUUGUUAACUUUAUUACUGUAUUGCAGUUACUGCUACCUACCUACUGUUCCUAAACACCUCCAGGGUGUUUAGGAACAUUCUAUUUUAAGUUAUGGAUUAUAUGGUUAACCUGUAUAAUGAUGAUUUAAAAAAAUUUUUUUAUUGUGCUUUAGGUGAAAGUUUACAGAGCAAAUUAGUUUCCCGUUUGAUAGUUUGUACAUAAAGUGUUCCAUGACAUUGGUUGUAUUCCCCAUCAUGUGUCAGCACUCUCCCCUUUUCUAGCACUGGGUUGCCCAUUUCCUUCAUCAGAUUUUCUACCCCUUCCUGCCUUUUUGUCUUUACUUUUAGGCAGGUAUCCUUUUGAUCUUGUAUAAUUGAUUGUUCUAAGGAACACAUUCCUCUUGGGUGUUCGGGUUUAUUUUAUGGGCCUGUCUAUUGUUUGGCUGAAAGGUGGUCUGAAGGAAUGGCUUUAGUUCCAGGUCAGAAGAGUGUCUUAGGGCUGUAGUCUCUGGGUUUCUAUAGUGAUGAUUUUAAUCUAACUUUUGCAUGAGUCGGCCUUCUCUUUCUCAGAAUUUCUGUACCCCUUUUUGGUAACUUAAAUGUCCCGUGCAAUUAAUGAAUUUGUUUUGCAGUGAUUGUGCUGGUAGAAGCAUUGUUUGAAAGUUAAGGAGUAAACAAAAGAAUGAAUGCUAAAAUAUAUUUUUAACUAUUAAAAAAGUGUAUGCUUCAAGUGCUUCUUCCAAAAUAAGUCUGAAUAAUAAUAGGUCACAUUUGUGACCAUCAUGCUAUACUUGUUUGGAAUACUUUUUUGAAAAGAGAGAAGCCACAGAAAAAGUUUUUAUUGCCUGGGUGUGGGCCAAGUCACAUGGACUGGGUGUGGGAAGUUUCAGUGUUGUAGAACAGACCAGGAAGCUCACUGAAAAUUAUCCAGAGCUUUGUAACAAACUGACAAAGAGAACACUGGAUUUUUAUUCAAAAUGGACUUGUUAAACAUCUUUAAAGAUUUUUUCAGCAUUGGAAAAGUGAAAAGAAAACCUAGUGUGCCAGACUCUGCAUCUCCUGCUGAUGACAGCUUUGUUGACCCAGGAGAACGUCUCUAUGACCUCAACAUGCCUGCUUAUGUGAAAUUUAACUACAUGGCUGAGAGAGAAGAUGAGUUAUCUUUGAUAAAAGGCACGAAGGUGAUUGUCAUGGAGAAAUGUAGUGAUGGGUGGUGGAGAGGAAGCUACAAUGGACAAGUUGGAUGGUUCCCUUCAAACUAUGUAACUGAAGAAGGUGAUAGUCCUUUGGGUGACCAUGUGGGUUCCCUGUCAGAGAAAUUAGCAGCUGUCGUCAGUAACCUAAAUACUGGGCAAGUGUUGCAUGUGGUACAGGCUCUUUACCCAUUCAGCUCGUCCAAUGAUGAAGAACUUAAUUUUGAAAAAGGAGAUGUAAUGGAUGUUAUUGAAAAACCAGAAAAUGACCCCGAGUGGUGGAAAUGCAGGAAGAUCAAUGGAAUGAUUGGUCUGGUGCCAAAAAACUAUGUUACCAUUAUGCAGAAUAAUCCAUUAACCUCAGGUUUGGAACCAUCACCUCCACAGUGUGACUACAUUAGGCCCUCACUCACCGGAAAGUUUGCUGGCAACCCAUGGUAUUAUGGUAAAGUCACCAGGCAUCAAGCAGAAAUAGCAUUGAAUGAAAGAGGGCACGAAGGGGAUUUCCUCAUUCGUGAUAGUGAAUCUUCGCCAAAUGAUUUCUCAGUUUCACUAAAAGCACAGGGGAAAAACAAGCAUUUUAAAGUCCAGCUGAAAGAGACUGUCUACUGCAUUGGGCAGCGAAAAUUCAGCACCAUGGAAGAACUUGUAGAACAUUACAAAAAAGCACCAAUUUUUACAAGCGAACAAGGAGAAAAAUUAUAUCUUGUCAAGCAUUUAUCAUGAUGUUGCUGACCAGAAAUGACUGCCACACAGCUUUAAUUUGUCAUAUAAUUGAAGACGGAGAAAAUGUCAGUUCAGUCAUGCUUGAUUGGAUAUUACUGUUUCUAACGCUGUAUGAGAAUCGACUAUAUAAUACAUACAUAUUUUUAUUAUAACUCAGCACAUGCACAUGUACUGUGUAUGCAGAGCAACUGCAUAAAGCAAUUACUUAGUCUGCUUUAGGGUUUUCUUCUUUACCGUUUUUCUCUUUGCUUCUAAUAUUAAGGUUUUGUAUUUUGAAAAAAUCAAAAAAUGCAAAUCAGAAGUCUUUACAUGGAAGACUUUAUUGCCUUUCCUUUAUUUCCUUGCAAGGGCAUCCUUUUAAUUGGUUGUUCCACAUGGUUUUCCUUCAUAUAAAAUUCUUAUAUCAAUAUAUGACAUACGCUAAAAUAAAAACCUUGGAGAGUGUUCAUCUCUUCUGUGACUGAAUAGCAAUAAUAAAUGAAAAAAUAGAAAUUAUUUUCAGGCAUUGUAUUUGUCACAGAUCUUUGUAAAUACCACAUUAUGUUGUAUAUGCCAUUAUUUUAAAAAAUCCAUUCAUUGUUUUCAAGGUAAAGUAAAAACAGAUUGGAUGUAGGUUGGAAAACAUCUUGUACAAUUUUAAUUGACAACUGUUGGAAACAAAAUCACUGAAUUCUUAAGAAUUUUUUUGGUGCUUCUGUUUCAUCUGGCUAUUCAGGAGAACAAAGCAGUCUCAGAUAUUUAGCUUUUCAAACUGUAAAUGGAUGCUCUAGUGUGUUUUUUUCUUCUUUCUUUUUUAGUGUUACUUUACCAAAGCAUCUUGUAUUAGGACAUGCUAUGUUUGUGCCAAUGUGAAAUAAGCCAUCACCGAGUUUGGGGGAAAAUAGGAGGUGAAGUGAUACUUGUUUUACUUUUUAAACAUCAUUUUAAGUAUCAGGCCUACUAUUUCCUAUUUUCAUGUCCUCCAUUCAACUGUCAGAUUUCUUGGCUAGGACAUUAAAAUUGAUGUAUUUUUCUUAAAUACCCCGGUACCUGAGGGAAAGAUGAGAUGUGCUCAUGAUUAGCAAAAAUUAUAUUAUUUUUUAAAUCUUAUUUUUACAGGUCUAUUAUGUUUUGUUCACCAAACAGGAUUUUGGGUGUAUGAAUGAGAAGUCACUGUAAAGUAUUGAAUCCACUUUUGUUGGUCACAGAAGAGAACACGUAUUUUACGGUUACAGCUCACUUUUUCCCUCAUUUUGAAAUUUAAUUCUGAAGAUUUAAAUUUAAGCAAAGUAACUUCCAAUUUUUUUUUGGAAAUACUUCCUAAAACCAUAAAACUUAGUAAAUGGUAGGAAGUCAUAUGAUCUCUUAAGAAUUUUCCCAGUGUUACCUAAACAUAGUAAUAUUUCUGUCCUUUGAUAUGUUAUAAAACAUUUAAUACCCCAGAAUUACUGAUGUUAAAAUUGAAGUUGUCUAAUUCAUGAGUUUUUUUUUUUUUUAUUCUUCAAAUCUUAAAAUCAUUUAAAGAUUUACAUUGCCACUGGGUGGCAGCCUUGGUUUCUUGCAUUAAGCAACAGGAGUCAGCAAAUACAGUGAAGACAUUGAUGUACAAAUCUUCAUUACAUCUGCUUUUAAAGCCUUUUAGUUCAUACUUCAUUAUCUUUUUAACUCAGUGCCACUUUUUUUAUAAAGGUAAUUAUUAAUAGAUAAGUUUAAUGGAAAUAAAAAGUCCUGUAUGCUUACCUUUUUUUGCUGUGAAAUUACAUGAAUAUAAAUUGGAGAAGGAAGUUUUAAAGUGGUUGUAAAAGACUAGGUAGUAAACGUCUUUUUAUUGAAGUUUUAACAAACUUUUAACGAUGUUUCUUUUGCGCCAUCUCCUCAUGGUACCCCCCCCCCCCCAGCCUUCCAUAUGAAGACUUAUGACUGGCUUGUAAAAAACCAGCAAUUACUGCUUUGUAUCAUGGACAUGAGUUAUUUAUAGCAAAUCCUACUGACCUGAUGUUAAUAGAGCAUGAUUUUGAGAAAGUAGCUAGGAAUAGAGUACCCACUGGAAGCUGAAUGCAUAUGUCUGUGUCAUAAUUAGAUUAUAGCUAGAGAACUCCCAGAAAGCCCAUGUGUGACAAUAUCUAUUGUGUGCUCUUAUGAGAUGAAAACCUCACUGGGAACUACUUAAUUUUGUACUUCUGCAAGAUUUUAUCAAUUUUUAACAAUCUUAAAUCAAUCCUUACACCCAUGGCUGCUUUUAUUAGCAUAGACUUUACUUGAGGCAGUUCUCUUAAGAACUAGAACAAUCUUAGAAAACACCUGCAUAGCUAGGUAACAUUAGAAUAAGAACAAAAGAAUAAAUUCCCUUUUUUUCCCAGCCCAGAGCUCUCUUUAUCAUGACACUGGAGAGUCCUGGGGAAGAGCAGUAUUAGGUUUUCUUUCACAUAGGAAGAGAUGAUUAGCUAACAAUUUAAAUUUAUAUAACACACAUACACAACCCCCAUACAACCCACUUCUACAAAUUACUUCAAAAUCUGGAAGAAGGCUUUUUAGAACUUUAUGUAAACUUAAUAACAAAAAAGCAAUUGCUGCUGUAUCUAAUUUGGUCAUAAAUUCUUAGGGUUCAGCUGAAUAUAUACUCACACAUAUAUAUCACUAAACACAGUAACGUGCACUUAGCACUUUUUUUUUUUAAUUGUGCUUGAAGUGAAAGUUUACAAAUCAAGUCAGUCUCUCAUACAGAAAUUUAUGUAAACCUCUCUAUAUGUUCCUAAUUGCUCUCCACCUAAUGAGACAGCACAGUCCUUCCCUCCACUUGCUAUUUACAUGUCCGCUCGGCCAGCUUCUGACCCCCACUGCUCUCUCAUCUCCCCUCCAGACAGGAGAUGCCAGCAUGAUCUCACGUGUCGAAGAAGCUCAUUCUUCACUAGUAUCAUUUUCUACCCCAUAGUCCAGUUCAAUCCCUGUCUGAAGAGUUGGCUUUGGGAAUGGUUCCUGUCUUGGGCUAACAGAAGGUAUAGGGGCCAUGACCACUGAGGUCCUUCUAGUCUCAGUCAGACUAAUCUCAGUCUGGUCUUUUUAUGAGAAUUUGGGGUCUGCAUUGCUCUGCUCUCCUGCUCCCUCAGGGGUUGUCUGUUGUGUUCCCUGUCAGGGCAGUCAUUGAUUGUAGCCAGGCACCAUCUAGUUCUUCUGGUCUCAGGCUGAUGUAGUCUCUAGUUCAUGUGGUCCUUUCUGUCUCUUGGGCUCAUAAUUACCUUGUGUCUUUGGUGUUCUUCAUUCUUCUUUACUCUAGGUGGGUUGAGACUAAUUGAUGCAUCUUAGAUGGCCCCUUGUUAGCGUUUAAGACCCCAGAAGGCACUCUCCAAAUUGGGAUGCAGAAUGUUUUCUUGAUAGAUUUUAUUAUGCCAGUUGACUUAGAUGUCCCCUGAAACCGUGGUCCUCAAACCCCCGCCCCUGCUACGCUGGCCUUUGAAGCAUUUUGUUUAUUUAGGAAACUUCUUUGCUUUUAGUUUAGUCCGGUUGUGGUGACCUCUCCUGUAUUGUUUGUUGUCUUUCCCUUCACCUAAAAUAAUUCUCAUCUGCUAUCUAAUUAGUGAAAACCCCUGCCCCUCCCUCCAUCCCUCCCCACUCUCGUAACCAUCAAAGAAUAUUUUCUCCGUUUUAAACUAUUUCUCCAGUUACUCUAAUAGUGGUCUUACUCAAUAUUUGUCCUUUUGCAGCUGACUAAUUUCACUCAGUGUAAUGCCUUCCGGAUUCCUCCAUGUUAUGAAAUGUUUCACAGAUUCAUCAUUGCUCUUUAUUGAUGUGUAGUAUUCCAUUGUGUGAAUAUACCAUAUUUACCCAUUCAUCUGUUGAUGGGCACCUUGGUUGCUUCCAUCUUUUUGCUGUUGUAAACAGUGCUGCAGUGAACAUGGGUGUGCAUUUAUCUGUUCAUGUAAAGGCUCUUAAUUCUCUAGGAUAUAUUCCAAGGAGAUUGUUGGAUCAUACAGUAAUUCUAUUUCUAGUUUUUUGAGGAAGCACUAAAUCAAUUUCCAAAGUGGUUGUACAAUUUUACAUUCCGAACAGUAGUGUAUAAGUGUCUCUCCACAACCUCUUCAUUUAUUAUUUGGUGUUUUUUGGAUUAAUGCCAGCCUUGUUGGGGUGAGAUGAAAUCUAACUGUAGUUUUGAUUUGCAUUUCUCUAACUGCUACUGAUCGUGAGCAUUUCCUCAUGUAUUUGUUAGCUAUGUGAAUGUCUUCUUUAGUGAAGUUCCUGUUCAUAUGCUUUGCCCAUGUUUUAAUUGGGUUAUUUGUCUUUUUGUAGCUGAGUUUUUGCAGUAUCAUGUAGAUUUUAGAGAUCAGAUGCUGAUUGGAAACGUCAUAGCUAAAAACUUUUUCUCAGUCUGUGGGUAAUCUGUAUACUCUUUUGGUGAAGUCUUUGGAUGAGCAUAGGUGUUUGAUUUUUAGGAGCUCCCAGUUAUCUAGUUUCUGUUCUGCAUUGUUAGUAAUGUUUUAUAUACUGUUUAUGCCAUGUAUUAGGGCUCCUAGUGUUGUCCCUAUUUUUUCUUCCAUGAUCUUUAUCAUUUUAGAUUUUAUAUUUAGGUGUUUGAUCCAUUUUGAGUUAGUUUUUGUGCAUGGUGUGAGGUAUGGGUCGUUUUAUUUUUUUGCAGAUGGGCACCUAGCAAUCUUAAAAGACAGUGUUUCAUGGAUAAUUCCACUAAAUGGGAAGGCUGAGUACAAUCCAUUGCCAUUACUGGAAGCGUAAGUCCUAGCAGAUGAGCAACUUGGGUGGUUAGAAUGUGUUCAUCCUUGUUAGGUAUGUGGAGCCCUGGUGGCAUAGUGUUUAAAAGCUUGGCUGCUAACCAAAAGGUUGGCAGUUCGAAUCUACCAGCCGCAUCUUGGAAAUGCUAUAGGGCAAUCCUACUCUGUCCUGUAGGGUUUCUUUGAGUUGGAAUUGACCUGAAGGCAAUGGGUUGUAGGUAUGUGGUACAUAAAUUAUAUUCAGCUUUAAAGCUCUAAUUCUAUCAUUUGGAUCAGAGGUUGCAAAGAAGCAGGGCCACUGCUUUCUGUUUAGUACCUUUGUGAGAAUUAGGUCUCCUACAGGCAGACCCAUCCCCCUUCCUCUUUAGUGAGUAGGGAAGUCUGAAUUUCACCCCCAUCUCUUGGCCAGGUGCCUUAUUCAGGGCACAACCAGAUUCCUUAUAUAUAGAAAUAUUGUUUGACCCACACAGUGCUUUAAAAAUUUUGUUUCUAUUAGCUGCUGUCAACUGUGACUCAUGACGACCUUAUGUACAACAAACAGAAUCAAACAUUGUCUGGUCCUGUGUCAUACUUAUAUUUGCUGGCAUGUUCAUGUCCAUUGUUGGCAGCUCUUGUGCCAAUCCAUCUCACCGAGGGUCUCCCACACUUUUGUUGGCCCUGUUCUUUACCAAAGAUGAUGUUCUCUUUUAGUGAGUGAUCCCUCCUGAUGAUGUGUCCAAAGCAAGUGAGUUAGUCAGUGUUCUGUUGUGAUCCAUAAGGCUUUCAUUGGCUAAUUUUUGGAAGUAGAUUGCCAGGCCUUCCUAGUCUGUUUUAGUCUAAAAGCUCCACUGAAGCCUGUCCAAAUAUCAGGGGAUCCCGCUGAUAUUUGAAAUACCAGUGGUAUAGCUUCCAGCAUCAUGGCAACAUGCAGCGACCACAGUAUGACAAACUGACAGGUGUUGGAAUUAGUUGUCUAGUCAACAUUUUAAAAUUGAGGACUUCGCAUAAAAUUCAGACUUCUGGUUUCCCUUGAAAAGUGAGAAGAUAACAAUACUGGAGUUAAAUUCCCACAAUGCCAUAAUCAGCUGGAUGUUCCCUUUAUUUUUAUCAGUGCAUAUGGAAAAAAAUUUCAAGCAGUGUAAAAAAGUCUCCCAACCCUUAUCCUUCUAAUUCAUAUCUCCAAAUACAGUCACUGUUACUCUGUACUUUUCCUGUAACAGUUUGGAAUCUGGAAACCGUUUCAGAAAUACUUCAGAUGCAUGUCCAAAUCAAUAAAUAAGGAGUGUAGCAUUACAGCAUAUUUUUAACUUUUCCAUUUUAGUACUUUGCUAGAAGAUAAGGGGGUCCUGUGUAAUUUUGCAUUUAUAUAGAGCUUUCAACUGCUUCUAAGUUGCUUCACAGCUGAGGUCAUUUUUUCCUUAAAGGAUAUUUGAUACAAGACAGAUGAUAUCCUCAUGUUCUGAACAGUUAUCAGCUGGACUUUCAAAAAUGCCAAAUUGCAGAUUCUCAGGAAAACCAUUUGAUUCUGUUUCAAGGUAGGAAAUAUUGGCUUAUUCCUUCUGAUGCUGCUGCUGUUUGUUGUUAGGUGCCGCCGAGUCACUUCCAACUCAGCGACCCUGUGUACAACAGAACAAAACACUGCCUAGUCCUGCACCAACCUCACAGCGGUUAUGCUUGAGACCAUUGUUGCAGCCACUGUGUCAGUCCAUCUCGUCGAGGGUCAUACUCUUUUUCACUGACCCUCCACUAAGCAUGAUGUCCUUCUCCAGGGACUGGUCCCUGCUGAUAACCCAUCUAAAGUAUGUGAGACGAAGUCUCGGUGUCCUUGCUUCCAAGGAGCCCUCUGGCUGUAUGUCUUCCAAGACAGACCUGUUUGUUCUUCUGGCAGUCCAUGGUAUAUUCAGUAUUCUUCUCCAGCACCAUAAUUCAAAGGCAUCAAUUCUUCAGUCUUCCUUAUUCAUUGUCCAGCUUUCACAUGCAUGUGAGCCUAUUGAAAAUAUCAUGGCCCGGGUUAGGCUCACCUUAGUCCUCGACAUGACAGUUUCCUUCUUCUGAUAAGCUGGUUUUAUCAGUUUGGCAAGUUUACAUGACUCAACUCUGAUCAUCUGAACACUUGACUAGUGUACUAUGCAUAUUCCACAGCGUAGUUUCUUGCUGUGACAUGAUCUAAGUGACUGAGGAGCUGAAAUAUAUUUUUCUAGUUUGUUAAUGAAGUGUUCUUUUGAUCUGAAAGUAUAUACCAUAUGCUGUACACUUGUUUGUUUAAUGAGGAGAACCUAAAUUAGACUUGGUAGAGUUCUGAGGAGCAGGAGGAGGAGAGUUUAUUAUCAUUGGCUAUGUCUACAGAGGCAGAUGUUUUAAGCUAAAGUGUCUUUUUGAGAAUAUGUUUUGCCAGGCCAGAGCAUUUUCAUUAUCUCAAAUUUUUCAGAAUUGACAAUGCCUGCAAUGGCUUAGCACAAACAUUUAAUUUCCCUGCUGGACUGAGUGAAUUAUUUUUAAAUGUUUCAGUGCAUUCAAGUACUUUUAAAACUCAGGGAAGGCUGGUCUCAUUAUCUGGAAAUGAUCUUGCAGAAUUAACAGAAGACAAAGAAAAAGCCAAGGUACUCAGUUUCCUCUUGCCAUGUUUUCUUGUACCUCAUGGAAUGAUAAUGACCUUUAAACAGGAAAAACAUUAUAAAUAGACAUUUUAAGGUAGACAUCUAAGGUAGAGAUAUUUAGCUGCUUUAAAUAAAUCUCUGAGCUCAGGCAGUUUACAUCUUAAACUACGAAAAAACUUGGCAGAUAACCAUUGGGAAAUUAUGGAGAACAAAACGUGGAUUUCAGAACAAGAUUGUUAAGUGUUGUCUAUUUUAGGGUAAAUGCAGGAAUGGUUAUUAAAUAUAUAUUUUUUGAGCCCUUGGGAAAAAAAUAGCGAUACCUGAAUAAGCGUGUGUUCUCUAAAUGGAAGUUGUGCCAAACAAACUUGUUAUUUCUAGAUUGUAAAUAAGGGGAAGUUACAGAAAACAGACCUUGAUUUCAUCAGGUCAAAUUAUGGGUUGGUGUCAAGAUGAAAAAAAUAUUUCUUGAACUGUUAUAGCUAUAUAUAUAAUUAUGUCUCUGCACAUUUAAGUAGCUUUUGGAGAUUUUUGUUCAUCCAUUCUUUCAACCAACUUACUUCAAAUAUUUGAUUGCCCAAGUGUCAGGCACUGUUCUACUCUAGCUAUGUAACAGUGGACAAAAUGGACAGAACUCUCAUAGAACUUACAUUUCUAGUGAUGCAAUGCCAAAUGGAGAAGAGGGUAUUAUUUUAUAUAGGAUGAUCACAAGGGACCUCUGGUAAAUUUGACCCUUAAGCAUAUUGUGUGCUCCUAGUCACUGAUGACUAGGAUUAGUUACUCACCGGUGAUUGAAAGGAAACCCUGGUGGUAUAAUUAAGAGCUAGGUCUGCUAACCAAAAUGUUGGCAGUUCAAAUCCACCAGGUGCUCCUUGGAAACCCUAUGGGGCAGUUCUACACUGUCCUAUAGGGUCUCCAUGAGUUGGAAUCAAUUUGACGGCAAUGGGUUUGGUUUUGGUUUUAGUGAUUGAAAAUGUAGCAACCAAAAUCCUUUUAAAAAUUAUGUUCAAGAUCUUCACUAUUACAGAAAAUUGCUUCUGGUCUUCAGAUUUUAAAAAUGAAUAAAAUAGUGUUUAUUUAAUAUAAA